GGAGUCUCGCGAGAAAUGAGGCAUCAUUGCGUCACAAUCGUAGACACCCUUUUUGGUUCUCCUUGGUCGUGCAUCAUGGCGGCAGCUACGAGGUUACUCUCGCUGAGCCGGUUUUCUUCCACUCAGACUUUACAUUUGUCCUCAGGAUUGAUGCAAAGACCAAGCCAGCUCUACUUCCAGAGGUACCUGUCAAUGACAUCACCCAUGGCAGCAUGGAAGAACUUCACCUAUGAGGUGAAGAAUGAUGUGGCUGUCAUGCGAUUCAACAUGCCAGACAGCAAGGUGAACACACUGGACAGAACAGUGCUAACAGAAGUGAAAGAGCUGCUGGAGAAGUUGCGAGCAGAUGAGUCGGUGAAGAGCGGUGUCUUAAUCUCGGGCAAGGCAGACUGCUUCAUCGCUGGAGCUGAUAUCAGGAUGAUUUCUAGCUGUAAGACAUCAGAAGAAGUUGAAGCCCUGGCCUCAGAUGGACAGAAGGUGCUGCAGAGUUUGGAGGACAGUCCCAAGCCUGUGGUGGCUGCCAUCAUGGGGACCUGUAUGGGUGGUGGAUUAGAGACCGCUCUAGCGUGCCAGUACCGCAUAGCCGUGAACGAUAAGAAGACAGCCCUGUCAUUACCAGAGGUGCAGCUUGGGCUGCUUCCUGGAGCAGGGGGAACCCAGAGGCUACCCAGACUGAUACCAUUGAUGGAGGCCAUGCCCAUGAUCCUGACAGGCAAGCAGGCGAAGGGCAAGAAGGCGAAGAGACUUGGUCUGGUGGACCUGCUUGUUGAGCCUCUAGGACCUGGCCUGAAGCCCCCUGAGGUGCGAACAUUAGAGUACCUGGAGGAUGUGGCCCUGGACGUGGCCCGGGGGCUGGCAGCUGGGAAGGUCAGCACUGCCAGAAAGCAGAAUCUGCAGUCCAGACUGGUGAACUGGGCCCUGCAGUAUGAGUUUGUCAGGACAAGACUCUUUGGCAUGGUCAAGGGACAGGUUAUGAAGCAGACCAAAGGAUUGUAUCCUGCUCCCCUGAAGAUCAUUGAGGUUGUCAAGACUGGAAUUGAGAAAGGAAAAGAAGCCGGGUACCUGGCAGAAGCUGAGACAUUUGGUCAAUUGGCUAUGACCAAUGAGUCAAAGGCCCUCAUUGGACUUUUCAAUGCCACGACUGAAGUGAAGAAGAACAAAUAUGGUAAACCAGCAAAGCCCAUUAAGAAGGUGGCAGUGUUAGGAGCAGGGCUGAUGGGGGCCGGCAUCUCCGAAGUGUCCUUAGAGAAAGGUUACCAGGUCAUACUGAAGGAUGUGACUGCCGAGAACCUGGGGCGUGGCCAGGACCACAUUUGGAAAGAGAUGAACCUUAAUGUCAAGAAGAAGAAGAUCACGACCUUCGAGCGUGACCAGCUGAUCUCCAACCUGGAGGCUCAGGUGGCAUAUGACGGGUUUGACAAGGUGGACAUGGUCAUUGAGGCAGUGUUCGAGGACAUCAACAUCAAACAUAAGGUCAUCAAGGAACUAGAGCAGCAUAUAUCUCCAGACUGCAUCUUUGCCAGCAACACAUCUGCCUUACCUAUCCACAGGAUCGCUGCGGGCAGCAAGAGACCAGAGUUGGUGAUUGGCAUGCAUUACUUCAGUCCUGUGGAGAAGAUGCCUCUGCUAGAGAUCAUUGCCACAGACAAGACAACGAAGGAGACGUGUGCGGCAGCUGUAGCAGUGGGUCUGAAGCAGGGAAAGUACCCCAUCGUCGUGCAGGACGGCCCUGGAUUCUACACCACCAGGGUCCUGGCGCCAACUCUGUCGGAGAUCAUCAGGCUCCUGCAGGAGGGAGAGGGCCCUCAGAAACUGGACCAGCUGACUACGAGGGCAGGUUUUCCCGUAGGCACGGCAACACUGCUGGACGAGGUCGGUAUUGAUGUGGGGUCCCACGUGGCGGAGGAUCUGCAGAAGGAGUUUGGAGUCAGGUUCGGAGGCGGUGAUCCUGAGGUGCUGAAGACCAUGGUCAGCCAGGGCUUCCUUGGUAGGAAAAGUGGAAAGGGCUGCUACCUGUACAGCGGGGGCAAGGGCAAGAAGGGCCGUGAGCUGAACCCUGGUGCUGAGGAAAUCUUCAAGAGGUUUCGCAUUGAAUCCAAGGGGCUCAAUACAGACGAGGACAUCAAGAUGCGUCUGAUAACACGUUUUGUGAACGAGUCCAUCCUGUGCCUGCAGGAGGGCAUUCUGUCCAGCCCGGUGGAUGGUGAUUUGGGUGCAGUCAUGGGACUAGGAUUCCCUCCACAGCAUGGAGGCCCAUUCAUGUACGUUGACCUGAUGGGAGCUGACAAGUUUGUUGGCUGGAUGAGGAAGUUUGAGGAGGCAUACGGAGUGGCGUUCCAGCCAUGCCAGCUGUUGCUAGACCAUGCCAGCGACCCCUCUAAAAAGUUCCACCCCAGGAAGUAGUGUAAUACUCACAGCUGCACUGAUGAAGCAUCAUGUUAACCAAUGCAAAGAGAUGUCAAUCAUGUUCUGUUGUUUGAAAGAAGGGGGUCAGGAUGUUGAGAGAGAAACAUGAUUUAUAUGUAUAUUGAGACCUGUGUAGCUCAACUUUAGUCCAGUUGUAUGCAGGUUUGAAGUUUGUGAAAGCUGAGGGGUGAAAUGUUGAAUGUGGGAUAUACUUACUGGGAGAACUGAUGAUAUCUUUGGAUUCAUUCAAUGUUCAAAAUACAAAGUCCUUCCAACAGUCAACUGUGGAUUGAAAUGUUCAAUCAAAACAAAAGUCUGGCCCCGUAACUCUGCUGAUGCUAACAUGUCAAUGCCCUUGAUUCCACUUACAUAUGUUGUGGUGACAAAUGUUGCGUACAGUGUUCUUUAGUAGCGACAGAAAACAUCAACACAAGACGUACAAAACAACACAGUAUAUGAAAGAGUAGCGUUAACAUAUCUUGUUUGUAAAGAAAUGUUGCUCUAUUCAUACAUUGUUAAACAGCACGUUUGCUACAUUUUACCCAUGUCCUACAUAAAAGAAAGAAAACAAUGUUAUUUAUAGGCUUAGGAAAAAGUCACGUGCUGUUGUAAUCCCCAAAGGUGCAAGCCCUAACCUUGAAUACAAGAAAUAAUUGCCUUUCUGUGAUGUGAAUUUCCUGUGACCAAACUGUUUAAGAAUGAGAUUUAUUUGUGGUGAAUUAGAGGACCUUGCCUUAUAUUUGUGUUGAGAAGCUGCUUUUGUCUACACGAGAAGGAAUAAAAAAUGAAAUAGAUCUUUGUUCCACAAGAAGA